UUCUAAUUGGCUGAUCCACACCAUGACAGUCAAAUCCAGUCAGUCUGCUGGACGAUUCUGACUAAUGAAGUGAGUUCCUCUCGAGCGGAAUGCGUCUCUACUAUGCAAUAUACAAACUGAUAGAAAGUCGAUAGGCGAGUGCGGUAUAGUACACCGUUUAUUCGCAGCGCAUCGUCAGGUUAGAACUUCAGCUCAGCUCAACAUGUAGAGCGCGGACCCAGACACAGCCUACCCGACAGACUGGUGCUGCCCAACUGUUAUCAGCAUGAUUCCGCCAGCGAACAUGAUCCAGGAGGACACGAUGGGCAAGGAGAACGAACGGGAGGACCGUGAGCCCCAGUCACCCACAUCCAUCAGCCAGCAGGAGUCAAAGCUGCAGAAGCUAAAGCGAUCACUAUCCUUCAAAACCAAGAGUCUUCGCAGCAAAAGUGCAGAUAAUUUUUUCCAACGGCCGAUCGAGGAUGUGAAGUUUCAAACCGAACUGCUCUCUGAUGUCAGCAGCAGCACAGGUCAUCUGAGCACCAUCGGUGUGUCCGUCUCAGCAUCCCCAGCGAUGUCCCUUCCUCCACCACCCCCUCCACUGCCCACCGUCAUCCCGGGCAACCUGCCCAUCACAAUCUGUUCUCCAUCCCGUGCCCCGCGCCCAGCGGACCCCAACGCACACACGUUUCUAGAGCACAUCUUCAAAAAGCCCCAUUUCUGUGACGUCUGCAACCACAUGAUUGUAGCCUGUGGCAGUAAAGUUGACCCGGUGUAUGAGGCUCUGAGAUUUGGAACCUCUCUGGCACAAAAGACCAAGCGGACCAGUGGAUCGGAGUCACCACAGAGAAACUCUACCAGUGACGUGGCUCAGGUGCCAGAAGAAAAGACUGCCCAGAGCAGUCGAGCUCAACUCACCAGGAAACCCAGUGACAACGUUUUUGCGCCCCUGGAGAAUGGAACAGAACAUUUUCAUAUUGCUGAAAGGAAAUCAGAGGAAUCACCUUCAAACAGAGAGCUGAAGAGGGACCCUCUGCAGCUCAGUACUUAUGUGGCUUUGUUUGAAUUUACCCCCCAAGACAACCAAGACCUAGAAAUGAGACCUGGAGAUCGAAUAAUCCUGGCAGAUGAUUCCAAUGAUGACUGGUGGAAGGGUGUGAUUGAAGAUAGAAUAGGUUAUUUCCCAGCAUCCUUUGCGCAUCAGGUGAGGCCGGGCGACAGGGUGUUCAGAUGUAACCGAACCUUCAUUGGCUGUAAGGAGCAAGGGCAGAUCACCCUGAAGGAGGGACAAAUUUGUGUCAGCGGUGAGGAUGAACACAAUGGCUUCCUCAGAGUAGCCAGUGGGAAAAAGAGAGGAUUCGUACCCUGUGAUGUCCUGGAGAAUAUAUGAAGUGAAAGAACAGAGAGAAGAGAUAGUUCGUUUAACGAAAAGGAAAGACUUCCCAGGGCAAUGACUUUCCAGCACUGCCUCGGUGACUGUUUGAAUGAUCUGUGGAUCCACCUGAAGUGUGACCAGACGCUGGAGGGCUCGUCAGGAAAAUCAGAACAGCCCUGUUCUUACCCCUGUCUCCCUCAGUGACAAAAGGAAGAAUGUACAAUGACUCCAAAUAGUAUUUGGACAUCUAAGUUGCACCUAAAAAUGUAUACAUUUAAUUUCAUUAACUAACAAAACCAAACCAUCUGCAAAAAAUGCUGCCAGAGCUUUUCUCAGAACUAACGCUACUUUUUUUAAGCCAGUUUUUUAGCCCAUCAUACUUGCUGAAUGAAAUCCAAUACUUGUUUCUUACUAAGUUGAGGUGAUGAAUCCAAACAUAGUGCCUGUUUUCCUCUAGGUUUUUUUAAAGAUAGUUAUCAUUUAAAACCUAAACUUAUAUUAGGUUAAAAUAAAUGCUAUUUGGUUUGAUAUUUUGAUAUCUAAUCAUUUUCACAUCUAGCUUAAUUGUCCAAAUACUUCUUGGGGCUAUUGUUUGUGUGUUUCAUUAACUGCUGAAGGUCAGUGUCAUGUUUUCUUCUCAUCUGAGAGAAUUGUGUUUUCUGUAUUUAAUUUAUUGAAUGUUAGUGUAGGGGGUCGUCAACCACAGCACUUCUCACUAUCAUCUAUUCAAUAUAGCAUCAAAACUCACAUUGUUUUGAAAUAUCUUAAUUGUUAAGACAACAUAUUUAAUGCUUCAUAUAUUUCCAUAAAAUCCAAUACAUGUUUAAUGCUAUGUAAUAUAUGUUCCUUUUUAAGCCAUUCUUUCCAAUAAAUGUGCAGGUGUAUUUUGUUAUUUGACAAUUAUUUUAAUUUAACUUGCAGUCCCAAAAUUGUAUUUUCCACUCAUGCUUCUGAGAACAGAGCAGGAAUGAUCAGAUCUCAGCUGUGUGUUUUCAGAUGUUACUUCUAAUUCAAAGUAGAACAUACACAUUUCUUGAUCAAACACAAUCUCUGGGCUACAUGAUAAAAGCAUGUGGACAAGGGUUUCAGCAAACAGAUCUUUUUUGUCUUUAAUGUCCAAGUGUGUAAAAGAUGUCUCUCAAACAUAUAUGUGCUACAUGUCAUCUGUUCUAAUUAUCUUUUAUUAUUAAGACAUUUUAAUUUAGGAAAAGAAACAUAGUGCUAAAUGGAGCUAAUAAAGGAGAUUUAUGUAUUGCUACACCAUUACAGCAGGUAUGACUGAAGAAAAUGGUUACAGUAAAGAUUUUUUAAAUUACUGUUUUUAUUAUUAUUAUUGUUAUUAUUAUUUAUUUGAGUCUACUCAUGGAAGAAUAGGCAUCAUGUUUUGUCCAUUUAUAUGAUACAUAAUCUCUGUCUCUUUAUAAGAUGUCUCAUUUAACUCAUCUUGUCUGGUCUUUUGAUAUUUUAAUUUGAGCUCAAUGAAGCUGGCUUAUUGUACAGCAUCAUGAUAUUGCUGUGUAUAUACUUUACGUACAGAAUUAAAGUUUAUUUAUUGAUCUA